UCCGUUGAUAAUGUUUAUCGAAGUAAUCGAACAUUAUUAACACAGUUAUUGCAAAAUGGCGUUUAAAAUGCUUGUGUUGGUGUGUUAUAUUUUCUUUUGUAUAUCAUCACAGCUAACUUUGUCAUAUGUGGUAAGCAGUCAAUAUGAUUGGGGAGAACCUGAUAGUCCAAUAUUCCCGAGUGAGUCUAGAAGCAGGAUGAGCAGGGAGACAGCUGAACAGCGGCUGACAGCUGUCAGACAAGUGCUACAGCAGUAUGGCGUUGACGCUUACAUAGUGCCUACCGCUGACGCUCAUAACUCGCAGUACAUAGCGCCGUCUGACGCUCGCCGCGAGUGGCUCUCCGGUCUCUCAGGGUCUUCUGGGACGGCUGUGGUGACGUCAUCACACGCUCUGGUCUGGACCGACGGCAGAUACUUCACACAGUUCUACUUGCAAGUCGACACUAGUAUAUGGAGUUUAAUGAGACAAGGUACAGAUUUGGCAAUUCCCGCUUGGUUAGUGGCGAAUAUGAGACCAGGGUCAGUGGUUGGUAUUGACCCUACUACAUACACAAGAACCUCGUGGACAACAUUAGAGACAGCUCUCAGUCAAGUGAACGUAAUUUUGAGGCCGAUCUCACAGAACUUGGUUGAUCUAGCGCGCGCUAACAUUGGUGACCCAGCGCCGUCUAGACCAAACAACUCUUUGUUACCUCUUCCAAUUAACUUUACCGGUAGACGUUCAUCAGAGAAAAUAUCAGAGCUGAUGACACAGAUUAGGUCGCGAGGUGCCGCAGCUCUGGUGCUCACAGCUCUAGACGAUAUCGCUUACACUCUUAAUCUCCGUGGCUUUGACAUACCUUAUAACCCUGUCUUCUUCUCCUAUUUGGUGCUAAGACCUGAUCUAAGUGCACCAAAUAAUGUGGUUUUAUCUUGGGGAGAUGGAUCUCUAGCUGAGAACGUAACUCAACAUUUAACUUCAGAACGCACUCAAAUAACUACCAUACCCUAUCAAGAUAUAUUUGAUUAUUUGAAAAAUAUGACGAACGAACUUUCUAGAGGCAGCACAAUUUGGCUGUCACAAGAUGGAAGUCACGCGAUACAUUUAGUUGCAGAAGCGGAAGGGAAUAUGAAAACAUUAUCAACGGUCUCGCCUGUUGCUCUCAUGAAAUGUAUCAAAAACCAAGUGGAAUUAGAGGGUUUCCGUUCAGCUCACAUCAAGGAUGGCAUAGCAGUGGUUAGAUUUCUACGCUGGGUGCAUGAAAGUGUGUCAGCGGGUGUCAAUGUCACCGAAAUAGAUGUAUCUGACAAACUGGAAGCAUUAAGACACGAAGAACAAUAUUUCAUGGGACCAUCAUUCGCGACUAUAGCCGGUGCUGGUGAAAACGGCGCCAUAAUUCACUACAAGCCGUCACGAGAAGGAGAACAGAGAGUUGUCAAACCUGAUGACAUACUGCUCGUUGACUCCGGAGCACAGUAUAUGGACGGCACCACAGAUAUAACACGGACAAGACACAUGAGUUCAUCUCCCACUCCUGAACAGAGAUUGACUUUCACACGUGUACUUAAAGGUCAAAUUCUCCUUGGGACUGCUGUGUUCCCGAGGGGAUCUACGGGUAAUUUACUAGAGACAUUAGCUCGAAAGGCCCUAUGGGAUGUAGGGUUAAACUACGCACAUGGAACUGGUCACGGUGUGGGUCACUUCCUCAAUGUACACGAGGGUCCUUCAGGAAUAGGGGCUGCCCUCAUGGCUUCAGAUCCUGGGAUAGUGCCAGGGAUGAUCUUCAGUGAUGAACCUGGGUAUUACGAAGUAGGAGAAUAUGGCAUCAGACAUGAGGAUCUAGUGGAAGUUAUAGAAAUAAAUAAAGACGCCGAUCAUAUAUUUGCAAAGGGUAUGGUGGGUAACUUCAGUGGUGCGGGUGCUGUUGGUUUCUACACAAUAUCUCUCGCUCCACAUCAAACAGCUUGCUUGGACGUUAGCAUACUGGACGACAAUGAGAUCAAAUACAUAAAUGAUUAUCACGCUAGAGUUCUGAGGACUUUAGGGCCGAUUCUCUUAGAACGUGGACUGACGGAAGAUUACGAAUUUCUUGAAAAGGAAUGCGCGCCAAUUCAACGAAGCGCCGCCAUCUUGAUUUCUGCUACACCUUUGACAUUUAUCGGAGUCUUUAGUCUAUGGUUAACUGUAUAA